AUGGAGACCCUCGAGGAGAGGCCUCAAAGACACUACAAGACAUCCGCCAUCUUGUACGCGUCUGGAGUGUCAUUUGGAGCGGCGUCAUAUGGCUUUGCGUCGAGCAUCAUCUCCACCACGAUCGGCCAGCCAACCUUCCUGGAAUCUAUGAAACUUGAGCGUGCCUCCAACGCAUCCGAGAUUCUGGGCGCAUCGAACGCACUCUUCUUUGUUGGCGGCAUCAUUGGUAGCGUCUUGGUCAGCGUGAUAGCCGAUCGCUACGGUCGCAGGCCCGCCAUUGCCAUUGGGGCGACCAUGAUCCUCUUCUCUAGUGCCCUGGCAGCCGCUUCGCAACAUAUUGCCAUGUUUAUUAUCUUCAGGUUCAUCAAUGGUAUCGGUGGCUACAUGGCUUUGACCACGGUUCCGCUGUGGAUUACCGAGAGCGUACCGCCCAAGGAUCGUGGUAUUUUAUCGGAUAUCAAUCCCAUCUUCAACAACAUUGGAUACAAUGCCGCCUCAUGGGUGGGAGUCGGGUUCUUCUUCUACAAGGGAAGUAAUGCCUGGCGAGGUCCACUAGCUAUAGGGUGUCUAUUCCCUAUUCUGUGCUUGGUGUCGCUGUGGUUCGUGCCGGAAAGUCCUCGUUACCUUCUGAGCAAGGACCGAGCAGAGGAAGCUUGGAAAAUCGUCCGUUCUCUCCACACGCGCAACGGCGACGAGAGCUUUGCGCGGCGUGAAUUUCAGCAAAUGCAAAGCCAGAUCGCCUUUGAUCGAGCGCUGAAUGUUGGUUGGCUUGGGAUGCUUCGACGGCCAUCCUAUCGCAAGCGGGCGUUGAUGGCAUUCUUUCUCGUCUUCAUUCUCGUUAGCUCAGGCAUUCUGGUGGUCGGAAACUAUGGAACCAUCAUCUACAGUCAGCUGGGAUACGGCACUGAAGCCCAGCUCUUCCUACAGGCCGGCUUCUUGGGAACGGCAUUCGUGUCCAACAUUCUUGCCGUGCUCGUGGUGGACCGCAUGCCGCGGCCGACUCUGAUAUGUCUGGGUCUGGUCGGCUGCAUGGCGUCUCUAACCUGUGAAGCGGCCCUGGUGGCAACCUACGUCAAUAGUGAGAACAAAUCCGGGCUCUCCGCCUGUGUCGCCAUGUUAUACCUCUAUGUCUUCUGCUACGGCCUGCUGCUGGAUGGUGUCACUUGGUGGUAUGCCUCAGAGAUAUUCCCCACCCAUCUCAGAGCACAUGGUAUGAGUAUUGCUAUGGGAACAUACGCCCUGGUCAAUAUUAUCUGGCUCCAGGCCGCGCCCACCGCCUUUGAAAACAUCGGCUGGAAGUAUUAUCUAUUCUUCAUCGUCAUCACCACCAUUGGCGCGGUGAUCAUCUGGUCUACCUUCCCCGACACGCUGAACUUAUCUCUUGAAGAGGUGGCUAGGCUGUUUGGCGAUGAUGAUCUGGUUGAGGCAUAUGAAUUGCACUCUGGGACUGCAGAAGAAAACAAGAAGCAUGAACUCAUUGCGAAGGUGCAAGGAAUCUCCCUACACAAGAGAUGCACCAAUUAA